UCAAAUAAGAUAGAAAAGCACUAAGUAAUACUCAGUGGUUUGACCAGUUUUAAUUUAACAUUCGUCGGUCGAACAUACACAAAAUAUUAUAAAAAUAAAAAUAAUUAUUAAAUACGAAAAGAGUUUUUAAUAAAUCUUUCAAAAUUGGUUUCAAAUCGAGAAAUUCUGUUAAUAUAACUGAAGAUCCUGUCAAGCACGACAAUAUGGGGUUUGGCACACGUAUGGACUGUUGCGGGCAGUUCGUUAAAUACAGUUUAUUUAUAGCAAAUUUAAUAAUAUUCAUUGGCGGUGCCGUUGUAUUCUUUUUGAGUGUAUGGACAUUAGUUGAUAAAAGUUUUGUUAAUGAACUUUUAGGUACAAAUUUAUUUUCUGGAGCAGUUUAUGUAUUAAUUAUAACAUCAAUAAUAAUAUGUUUAUUAUCAUUUGUUGGUUGUAUGGGAGCAGCAAAAGAAGUUAAAUGUCUACUAUUGACGUAUUUCAUUAUCGUUUUUCUAUUAUUUGUUACGAUGUUAAUUGGAGGAAUUUUAGGUUAUGUAUUUAGAGAGAAAGUAACACAAACAAUGAGACAGGAAAUGCGAUCAUCAAUGAGAUUAUAUGGUAGUAGACGUGGUAUUACACAAGCAUGGGAUGAAACACAAGUACGCCUUAAAUGUUGUGGUGUCGAUUCAUGGCAUGAUUGGAAUCGUUUUGGUCCAAUACCAGAAUCAUGUUGUCAAGAAACAUUUGGUGGUGAAAGAAAACCAUGUAUUGCAUAUCCAUCAAUUACAAAUUUAUAUAGUCAAGGUUGUUUAGAAAUAACAACACAUUUUGUUAGAGAUCAUGCAGCAUUAAUUGGUGGAGCUGGUAUUGCGGUGGCAAUAUUAAUGAUAUUUGGAAUGAUAUUCUCUUGCAUACUAUUCAAUAUGAUAGAAUAGUAGUUUUUUUUUUUUUUCAUUUUUUUUUUUCAUUUUUUAGAAAGAGAAGUUUCUUUUAGUUUCUUUAUAAUAAUUAAAAAAAAAAAAAAUUCAAGCAAAAAUUUUUGGACCUGUUUGGCUUGUUCAAAUUAUGUUGUGUUCUUCAAAUAUGAAAAAACAAGAAGAAGAAGAAGAAAGAAGAAGAAAAAAUACAUUCCACAUUUCACACACAUUUAUUUUUUUUUAUUAUUUUUUUUUUUAUAUUGUAUUUUAAAUUUUUGAUUUUUCCAAAUAGAUUUUUCUCUAAAUUGCUUAUUUUAUUCUGUAUUAUAUUUAUUAUAUAUAAAAAUUUUUAUAUAUACAUAAUAUACAUACAUACAUACAUACAAUAUAUAUACAUAAUAUAACAAAAAACACUGUUGUUAUAUAAAAAUAGAAAUAAAAUAAUAAAAAUUUUGUAAAAAAAAAAAAUAUAAGAAUAAUAAAAAAUUUUAAAAUAUUUAAAAACAACUUGAAAAAAAAAAAAAAUUAAAUAAAAACAAAAACAAACAAAAAUUGUUAUAAUCAAUUUUUUCUCAUGAUUCGAAUAAAAAAAAAAACAAAAACAGAAAUUUUUCAAAAUAAAAUAAUAUUGUGAAUUACCCACAUACAUACAAACAUAUAUACAUAUAUGUAUCAUGUAUAUCCAAAGCUACAAAUGUAUUUAAAUAAAUUAUUCACCUGUUUCAAUUUUAGCUUUUAUUUUGAAUGCUAACAUGUUCAAAAUUCAUAAAUUUUAACUGUGCUAUAGAUUUUUAUAUAACAGUAUGGAAAUUUUCAAAUUUUAUAAUAAUUUUUUUUUUUACUAUAACCUCAAUCAAGCACGUUAUAUAUAUAUUAUUUCUGUUAAACAGGAAUGGAAUUAAUUCUUAACAUUAUUAUUUUGAUAAAAACAAAAUUUUGUCCUACAAGAAAAUAAUUAAAUCUCAUUACGCAAACCUAUUAAUAAUUAAUUAGAAAUUCUUCCAUUAAUAAUUAUGAUUAAAAAAAGGAUCAUUUCUACAGAAUUCUUAUAGCAUUAUUUUUGUCAUUUAAUAUUAAUGAAACACAUACAUUAUUCAUGUAAAUUACAAAUUUUACUAAAACAAUUUUACAUAUACAUAGUUAUUCUUCACUAUUUCUUAAAAAUCUUAAAAAUCAUCUUUAGCAUCUUUCUAAUAUAAUAAGAAAUUAAUUAAGAAAAUGUAAACAACGAAAAAUCUAAUAAUAAAUAUAAAAUUAAAUUUACUAAUAAUUUAUAUUGGAAAAUUAUUUUAUUCAAUAUCAUCGCGUAACAAAUUUUUAAAUUUCGAAUUUACAGGAUUGAUUAAAUUUACUUAUAGGAACGAUAAGACAAAUUUGUUAUCAAUCUUUUAAAAAUAGUUAUGAAAUCUCAUAAAAAAUCAAAUUAAAUUAUUCUUCCAAUUACACCUUAUAUACAUCUUCCAUUUGACGAAGUUUAUUACAUACCCCCAAAUUUUAAAAUUUUUAAAUAAGAAAUCUCUUAUGUGAAAAAUCUUGAUAUAUUCAGAAUUUCAUAAGAAUCAAGAAAACAAAAAUGAGAAUUGAAAAUUGCUUGAAAAAAAAUACACACUUAAUAAAUUUAAAAUCUUAUUGUACCUUUUUUUUUUUUUAAAUUAUUAAUAUUAUAUUUGAUUAAAUUAAAAUAAAAAACUUUUUAAAUUUUUAUAAAAAAAAAAAUAUUAAUUAAUUUUUCCAUUAAUAAAAUUUGUAAAGUGUAUACUUUUAUUUCUACUUUAUUUGAAUAAAUUGAACUUGAAGAAAAUAAAAAGAA